AUGACCAACUACGAAUAUUCAUCGUACGCUUCAUCAUCGUCAGGAAACAAUCUUGCUGGGGGUAGUGGUGGAGCUGAUGCUGCUUUCGCACAAGCUGAUGCCAACAAAGAUGGUAGCCUUGACCGUAGUGAAUUCGCAAGCUACUUUAACAGCGCAGGUGGUGGCGGUGGUGGACAAUUCGGUGCUUCACAAUUUGGCGGUGGCGUAGGAGGAGCUAGUGGUAGUUACGAAUCAUCAUCAUUCAGCUCAUCAUCAGGAGGUGCUGGCUUCGGCCUUGAAGCUGUUGGUGGUGGUGGUGGUGCUUCAUCUUUUGAAUCUUCAUCAUUCUCAUCAGGUGGUGGUCUUGAUGCUGGAUUUGCCAGCGGUGGCGGUGCCGGUGGUGGUAACUUUCAAUCAUCAUCAUUUGAAUCAGCAGCAGUUGGUGGUGGUAACUUUGAAUCUUCAUCGGUCAGCCAAGCUGCUAGUUAUACAGCUGAGACCAAUGCUGCCUGGUCUAAAUAUGGUGCUGAAGUACGUGGUGCUGGUCUCUAUGUAGAUACAAACCCACAAAUCAUUCGACGACAAGCACCAGGUGGUGUUCAAACUUAUACACAAAACAUCAAAGUUCGAUUCCUUCAACCACCACCAAUACCACCACCAGGCCCACUCAUCAUCAAAGAAGUGCGUCCACCUCAGCCACCCCCACCACCACCACUUCGCAUCAAACAACAAGCUCCAGCUCUUCCAGCACCUCCCCCACUUGUUCUCCGUGAAAAACCACCUCAGCCACCAGCUCAAGUUGCUGCCCAAACAGUCAUUCGCAAACUUGCUGCUUUACCAGUACCCCCACGAUCAGUCAUCAUCGAACGUCUUCCAGCUGCUCCAGCCCGACCACGUGAUAUCAUCAUUGAACGUUGGGUUCCUUAUGGCGCUGCCUCCAAACGAAAAACCAUCGUUCAAAAAGCUGAAGCUGGCAAAGGCUAUGCAGCACCACGUAAUGUUAUCAUUCAAUACGAACCAGUUCAAGUUCGUGUUGUCCGACAAUUCCAACGUUUGGGUGUUGUUCAAGAAAACCCACAAGCUUACGUUCAACGUUAUGGCGUUCAACUACUCGAUGCUCAGACUCUUCUUCAACAAGCUCGCUCUGCUGGUGUCGUUGAAGAUAUCUCUGCCCCUGCUGGUGCUGCAGCUAGUGCCAGUAGUGCAGGAUCAUUCAGCGCAGAAUCAAGCUUCAGUGCCGGUGGUGCUGGUGGUGCUGGUGGAGCUGAAUUCGCUUCUGCAGCUGGUGGAGAAUUCGGUGGUGCAUCAUCAUCAUUCUCAUCUAGCAGCUUCGAAAGCAGCCAAGCCGGUGGAGCUGGUGGUUUCGCUAGCGGUUCUGGAUUAGAAGCUGGUUUUGGUGGAGCUGCCGGUGCCGGUGGUGGCUUUGGUUCAUCAAGCUAUGAAUCAUCAUCAUUUUCGUCAGGCGCAGGUGGUGCUGAAGGAUUCAGCGCUGGUGGUGCUGAAGGAUUCGGCGCUGGUGGUGCUAGUGGAUUCGGCGCUGGUGGUGCUAGUGGAUUCAGUGCCGGUGGAUUUAGUGCUGGCGGUGGUAGCGGUUCUGGUUUCGAUGUUGCUUCUGCAGUUUUUAACACUGUUGACACAAACAAAGAUGGCCGUCUUGAUGCUGGAGAAUUCCAAAAAUUCGUCCAAGGUGGUUUAUAA